AUGUCAAUUAAACGCAUCUUCUUCACUGCCCACGGCGGGCGCGUACAAGGCGUAUUCUUCCGGGCGCACACGGUGCAGACAGCGACAGACCUCUCGCUGACGGGGUGGGUGCACAACCUUCCGUCGGGCACGGCGGUGCAGGGCGAAGUCCAGGGCGCCGAGAGCGACGUCGAGGCGUUCCUGAAGGCCGUCGAUAAGGGACCGCCGGGCGCCCACGUCGUCAGGCUUGACAGAAAAGAGGUCGCAGUCAAGAACGGCGAGGAGGGGUUUAGGAAGGUCAAGAGUUAUGAGGAGCCGCCGGUGCCGAGCGAUGUGUGA